ACGCUGUGCGCGAGGCGGAUGUCCGGGCCGGUAGGGCCGGAGACACGGACGAGAUGGCGGAAGGCGGGGGCUGCCGUGAGCGACCGGAUGCGGAGACCCAGAAGUCCGAGCUCGGGGCCUUGAUGAGGACCACGCUCCAACGAGGGGCGCAGUGGUAUCUUAUUGACAGCCGGUGGUUCAAGCAGUGGAAGAAGUAUGUGGGCUUCGACAGCUGGGAUAUGUACAGUGUGGGUGAACAUAAUCUGUUUCCUGGCCCGAUAGAUAACUCCGGACUCUUUUCAGAUCCUGAGAGUCAGACCUUGAAAGAACAUUUAAUUGACGAAUUGGACUAUGUAUUGGUCCCAGCCGAGGCCUGGAAUAAGUUGCUAAACUGGUAUGGCUGUGUAGAAGGCCAGCAGCCCAUUGUCAGAAAAGUUGUAGAGCAUGGCUUAUUUGUCAAGCACUGCAAGGUGGAGGUGUAUUUGCUGGAAUUGAAGCUUUGUGAGAACAGUGACCCCACCAAUGUCCUGAGUUGCCAUUUCAGCAAGUCAGAUACCAUCGCAACCAUUGAGAAGGAAAUGCGGAAGCUGUUCAACAUCCCUGCGGACCGUGAGACACGGCUGUGGAACAAAUACGUGAGCAACACCUACGAGCAGUUGAGCAAGCUAGACAACACUGUGCAGGAUGCUGGGCUGUACCAGGGUCAGGUGCUAGUAAUUGAGCCCCAAAAUGAAGAUGGCACGUGGCCAAGGCAGACCCUGCAGUCAAAAUCAAGCACUGCGCCUAGCAGAAAUUUUACUACCUCUCCAACAUCAUCAGCAAGUCCCUAUUCCUCAGUAUCUGCCUCUCCCAUUUCAAAUGGUGAUAGCACUAACACCUCUGGGAUGCACAGUUCCGGUGUCAGCAGGGGUGGAUCUGGCUUCUCUGCUUCGUAUAAUUGUCAGGAGUCUCCAUCAACUCAUGUACAACCUGGGCUCUGUGGACUUGGAAACCUGGGAAACACCUGCUUCAUGAACUCGGCCUUGCAGUGCUUAAGCAACACUGCACCACUGACCGACUACUUUCUCAAAGAUGAGUAUGAGGCUGAAAUCAACAGGGACAACCCUCUGGGAAUGAAAGGGGAAAUUGCAGAGGCCUAUGCAGAGCUCAUUAAGCAGAUGUGGUCUGGAAGGGAUGCUCAUGUGGCACCUCGCAUGUUCAAAACUCAGGUGGGACGUUUUGCCCCUCAGUUUUCUGGCUACCAACAGCAAGACUCUCAGGAGCUGUUAGCCUUUCUUCUAGACGGAUUGCACGAAGAUCUGAACCGAGUGAAGAAAAAACCGUACCUGGAGCUGAAGGAUGCCAAUGGGCGGCCAGAUGCGGUGGUGGCAAAGGAAGCCUGGGAGAAUCAUAGGUUGAGGAAUGACUCUGUGAUUGUGGACACGUUCCAUGGCCUCUUCAAAUCUACCUUGGUUUGCCCAGAAUGUGCUAAGGUUUCUGUGACCUUUGACCCAUUUUGCUAUCUAACUCUCCCACUGCCCUUGAAAAAAGAUCGAGUUAUGGAGAUCUUCCUGGUUCCCGCUGACCCUCACUGCAGACCUACCCAGUACCGUGUGAUUGUGCCGCUGAUGGGGGCCGUGUCUGACCUGUGUGAGGCUCUCUCCAGGCUGUCUGGCAUUGCUGCGGAAAACAUGGUGGUCACAGAUGUGUAUAAUCACCGGUUCCACAAAAUUUUCCAAAUGGAUGAAGGUUUAAACCACAUCAUGCCUCGGGAUGACAUUUUCGUGUACGAGGUCUGCAGCACCUCCACAGACGGCUCUGAAUGUGUCACGCUUCCAGUGUACUUCAGGGAAAGGAAAUCCAGGCCGUCGAGCACUUCCACUGGGGCAGUGCUAUAUGGGCAGCCACUGCUGGUUUCUGUCCCCAAGCACAAGCUCACCGUCGAGUCUUUGUACCAGGCUGUUUGUGAGCGUAUCAGCCGCUAUAUAAAACAACCUUUGCCUGAUGAGUCUGGCAGCUCGCCCUUGGAGCUGGGGGCCUGCAAUGGCUCCAGGGGCAGCUGUGAAGGAGAAGACGAAGAAGAAAUGGAGCAUCAGGAAGAAGGCAGAGAGCAGCUUUCAGAAACAGAGGACAGUGGGGAGGAUGAGCUGGGAAGUGACCAUGGCGAGACCACCCAAAAAAAGCUCAAAGGCCGGCCCUGCCCAAAAAAGCUUUUUACCUUCUGCCUUGUGAACUCCUAUGGCACAGCCGACCUAAAUUCACUUGCAGCUGAUGGGAAACUGCUUAAACUCAACUCUCGAUCCACACUAGCCAUCGAUUGGGAUAGUGAGACCCGGAGCCGUUAUUACGAUGAGCAGGAAUCUGAGACCUACGAGAAGCACGUCAGCAUGUUGCAGCCUCAGAAGAAAAAGAAGACAGCAGUGGCCCUGAGAGACUGCAUCGAGCUCUUCACUACCAUGGAGACCCUUGGGGAGCAUGACCCCUGGUACUGUCCCAACUGUAAGAAGCAUCAACAGGCCACAAAGAAGUUUGACCUGUGGUCCUUGCCGAAGAUUCUGGUGGUCCACCUCAAACGUUUCUCCUACAAUAGAUACUGGAGGGACAAGCUUGAUACAGUUGUGGAAUUCCCAGUCAGAGCUCUGAACAUGUCUGAGUUUGUCUGUGACCUGUCAGCAAGGCCUUAUGUGUACGACCUCAUUGCCGUGUCCAAUCAUUAUGGAGCCAUGGGGGUUGGCCACUACACUGCGUACGCAAAGAACAAACUGAACGGGAAGUGGUAUUACUUUGAUGAUAGCAGUGUGUCCCUGGCCUCCGAGGAUCAAAUAGUGACGAAAGCAGCUUAUGUGCUGUUUUACCAGCGGCGAGAUGAUGAGUUGUAUAAGACGACUUCACUCAGUUUUCCUGGAUCCUCUGAUGGAGGGACGAGACCAGGCAGCUCACAGCAAGGCACGGGGGAUGAUGAGACGUGCAGCAUGGACACCAGCUGAUGCUGCCUCAGUGACCCUGCACCCCAGCACCGGUGCAGUCCCUCAGGAGAACACCUUUGACACUGAAGACUUGCUAGUGUUCCGUCUAAAAGCCGGAUGAGGAAAUUCUUUUAUGAGAAAAAAAAAAAAAAAGGUUAUGUUAGGAGGCUGAAUUCGUUUUCUUUUUAUACAGGUGGUGAGAAAUUUCUGUAAAACCUGUGGAGCUGCAAAGUAGGGGUUGGGCUGGGGGCACAUAAUGCAGUAUGUCUGAUGGAUUCCAGAGAACGGAGAGGAACACACUGUUCAUUGAGUUUGCUGUGGCCAUGAAGACCUGCCACAGGCUGCCCUGCGUUCCUGGAUUUUUGAUUCUGGUGAUGAUUACUGUUCCCCCCAGUAGUCUGCCCACAGUAAAUGAAGCCUCGAGUAAAUGAUGUUGUCCCCUUCUCCCUUGCUGUGCAGUGAGAUGGGUUUAUAAUACCCUAAAAAUUAGCCACCAAAGCCCAUUUCUGUUUCCCUUUGUGUCAUCUUGGAAUAUCCAGCUUUCUCCUCCCUAAUGAAAUGAAGAUGCUUGGUGUUGGGGUUUCCUGCCCCUCCGUCUCCUGUGGAACCUAGCAGUUCUGUUAUGUCCCCCAGCAUCCUUGAUGAACUGAGACAGUUGGAUACCCCUCUGGCACCUUUAUUAGAUAUCACUUGGAAGUUGGUACACUAAACCGCUGGGUACUGGGUCACGUCUAGUAGUUUCUCUCCCUGUUGGCUCAAGAAUGGGAACCUUCCUGGGCUUGGAAAGGGCUCCUAUUAUUGCUGAUUUCGGUUAGAAGUGAGAUCCCCGCCCCUCCAGCCGAUUUUCUUUCGGCGGUCUGGCCUCCUUAAGCCUGCCCGGGCCGCACUCCCAGGGCCGUUGUCUUUGUCGCGGGGAGGCCUGAGACCUCUUUCCCCUCCGUGGGUGGGGCCCUUGUUUCCCUUUGCGUUGGUUCAAAGAACAAGGUCAUCCGGGCUUUUCUUGUCUGACCUUUAACCUGAGCCGUGGGGGUUGGGCCUGUCAGUCGCGGGCAUACGCGACGGAUCGAUGAGGGCGUGCGGGACGACCGUUGGUAGGGGCGG